AUGGCUGUCACUCGGAUAGCGAUCGUUCUUGGGGAAUUAUUAGAUGAAGGGCAAAAAUCAUCCUUGGUAAAGGAUGUGAUUCAAGGUUUGAGUACAUGUCCACCAGAUUUUCUGCUAAAGAUCCAAUCUCAUCUGGAUAAACUGACAAGCAAUCAACAGUGUUCAUCUGAGUGUAUUUUCUCUUACAAAGAGGAAGAUUUUGAAUUCCUAACAUUAUGUCGCCCAUCUUCAUCUGGAAUUACGUCGUUAUUAACAAAUUUUCUUCAACCACCAAAAAAUUCUGAUGUCACUCUUAAUGUUAUUCUUAUAUACGCUGGUUUAUUAUCGGAGGGAUCAGCUCAUUGGUUGUUACCCAACUUUGUGUUAACACCCACAUUCUUGACUGAUUUUAUUCAACAUUUGUCUACUCUACAUCCUAAACCAGAUGAUACGGAAAGUCUCCCAUCUCACAAACCUAUUCGGCUUCACAUUGGUAUCGGGGCCGUUUCAUCGGGUGGAGACUGGCGUCACCUUGUUAGCAACCCACCACAGUCUAUUGGAGGGCAUGUAUUCCAAGUUACAGUUAACCGUUGUCGUACAGUGGCCAAACCAAAGACUAACAAGCCUACAGACCCUUCUUCGCCAUCUUCUAGCUCAUUUGAUUUUGAGAGCUUUCUAUGCGAUAUGCUAACCAAACUGCCUGAUCCUUAUUGUAUUCCUCUCAGUCAAACUUUGGUAAUGCGCUCACCAACUGAUCUUACGCUCAAAGUUUCCAAACCUUGCAUUUAUGUGUUCCCUGAAGGUUCUGGGCAGGUAUCUAUCCUCGCUCUUCCUUUUUACAAUAUGCUAAUUGAUGGAGGAUGUAGUCAUAAACCUUGCUUUUGGUCUGUUGCUAAUUAUCUUGAUCGCCUGGAUUCUGUUCUGGUAACUCAUUGGGGUAUUGAUAACAUACUUGGACUGAAAACAAUUCUUCCGACAGUUUUCAAACCGAGCAAUGAUCAAUCGUUACUGUGUCUUCUCACUCCUCCACCAAAUAUUAGCAACAUGAAAAUAAAUAAUCAUACUCAAGAUCCACUACCGUUUACGGUUAAUCUACCAGUGUAUUUCUCUAACUUAGUUGGAGAAAUAAAACGUUCUGGUACUAAUCUCAUGGUCUACCCAGUUACUCGAGGAGGAAAACAGUCAGUAGUUCCAAAACCACUACAACUUUUCCAGAAAGUAGGUCAAGGUUGUUUGGAGUUAUUCCCAUUGACCCCUGGAGAUGAUGAUUCUGCCGAGUUGCGCAAGUUAAAUGAUGAUUGGUCUAAAUGUGCUCCUUCACUAAUGGCAACAUCUGUCCCAUUAAAUAAAAGUUCAGGAAACAAAACAACUGUUCCACUUCUUUCCUACACAAGCGUAUCAGCUUUGGUUGUUUGGAGACCUACUAAAGAUACGGAACCUAUACUUCGAUUUCUUUUUGUAUCACCAAAUGCACAUCAAACACGUAUUUUGUUAAGUCUUGAUGCAUUAAUUACUAGUUUCAUCUACCUUCGUCAUCCCAAAGCUGUCCAGCAGACUUCACGUCGCCCAACGGUACCAGUAGCGCACGCAACAUCGGGUAGUAACGAAGGCAGUAUCAAUUCUGUAGGACAAAAUAAUAAUACUACCGCUUCUCGGCCAUCUCAUGUAGCAAAGAAGGGGACGACGACAAAGACAACACAGGAUACUGCAGCACAUCGGCCUCCAUCAUCUAAAACACCUGCAAGCAGUAAAACACAAGCGAAUGCUAAACCUCCUGUUAACAAAACUAAUCACGUGGUUAAAAAUGCUGAUGUUGUUGUGGAGUCACCAUCUAAACAACCAGAGGUUCAUGAUAAUGAAGUUUCUACACCAAAUUUGAUACCUUCAGAAUUAAUUACUGAAAGUUCCGAUAUUCAUGAUGUAUCAAAUAAUAUUAUCAAUGGUGAUAUGAUGCAUAAAACAAAUGGUUUUACUCAUGAUCAUUCCGAUUUUGAGCAUUCUGUUAACUCAGAGCAAGCGAAUCAUGAUUUAUUGAUUCAUGAUGUGAAUUCAAUGAAAUUGCAAGAUUAUGGUGAAAAUGUUUUUAUCGCUGCUGAUAAUCUUAAUAAUAAUAAUAAUGAUACUAGUGUUAAUAAUAAUAAUAAUGAUAAUAAUAAUAAUUUAAAGGAUUGUAAUCAAAUGAUGUCAACCGGUUUUGAUGAAUAUGAUCCUAUUGCAUCAUGGGGAUCACCCCAGAAUUUGCCUUUACCGCCUACAGGUUCAGAAGUUGGCAAAAAACCUGAAACAGUUGCAACAACAAACGGUGAAAAGAAAUCCGCAUCUCAUUUGACGAGGAGGGUUACAUCUGUCAACAGUAGUAGUGGUAGUACAGCAUUGGGUGCAACAAAAACUGGUCGUCUUUCUCUUGCACCUCGUGUUGGUGGAAUACAUUCGAGUAUAAGCAACCAGCCAGUCAGUUAUCCUCCUGGCUAUACUAUUGCCUCUGGUCAUGCUCCAGGUAUAGCAAAGGCUCCUCCAUAUGAUAAGGUCAAACCGAUUUAUGUUGAUGUUGCUUUUCUACCAGGUAGUGGAAAUUCAAAUUACGUUGAUGCUGAGUGGUUUAAACGUGUUCGAGCUCGUUAUUAUGUAGCCACUGAUGUAAGACCAACAUGCUCUCUUCUAGAAUCCUUAGUCGUAGGAAAAGAAUCAUGGGGUGGUGAUGAUGCACAACUUGAUGUCUCUUUAAUAUUGGCCUAUGAAACUGAGGAGUUAUUAGUAUGGCUUGGUGUGAAUGCUGGACGUCUUAACAAUUGUCAUGUUAAUGUUGCGGCCGUCAUUUCACGUUCAUCUAUCCAAAUAUUAAAUGAAAAAGCUUCAGCUGUCGGCGAUGGUCCUCUUAACUAUCCAGGCUAUCGUAUAGACCUAUUUUAA